CCGGCUACUAAUAAUAAUUAUCUGGCUGUCAAAUUUUGGGGGUGUGGCCUCUGGCUUUCCACAACCCGAGGCGACUUGGCGUUUGCCGGCCAGAGCAGGCGGGUUUCUGCUUGUCACGAGUUUAUCUUGAAAACAAACGAUGGAUGAUAUCCCGGUGAGCGAUUACGAAAUUCAAAGCCUUCGCGACGCCAAGGGCAUCCUCAGUCAAAGGGAAAUAGACCUGAUCCUGGAGCUGUCGGUCGCCGGGCAAGUUGCCAAUCUGGAUGUGAUGCUCGGCGACAUUGCUAGCCAACAUGGCACCACCAUGGGUGUGCUCCUCAUCCAUGCUCGAGAUGCCGAGAACCGCAACGCGGUUCACCACGCUGCCAUGGGCCAGUCCAUCAAAUCACUCAACUACCUUCUCGACUCUCGGCUCUUCCCCCAACAACCAGCCCUCCGCCUCGCUCUCCUCCAUACAAGGACGAGAACAGGCGAGAACGCGGCCAUCUACGCGAUCCGGCAGCGCUGCUCAGUCGCCUUUCUCGACCGGAUCAUCGCUGCAGGCACCCCUUGCAUCCUCGACACCCUGACCGCAGACGGCCUGGGCCCCGUUCACUGCGCCGCCAUGGAGGACGCGCGGGAGAUGAUUAUCCAUCUGGUCAAGAAGCACUGCCUCGAUCCCAACCAGCCUUUCACGCCUCCCGCAAACAGACUCCUGAACAGCGACGACGACGACGACGACGACGACGGCAAUAGCAAGAACAGCAAUGGCGAACAACACCACACAGCAACGGGAGCCGGCGCCGGGCAGCUUGUCGAGGGCGACACGCCCCUCCACCUCGCCGCGCGCCGCGACAGCGCGGCCGCCUUCGAGGCCUUGCACUCGGCACUGGGCUGCAACAUCUGGACGGCGCGCAACGCCGCGGGGCAGUCGGCCAUCGACGUCGCGUGCUCCGCCCUCGCGUCCGGCGUCCUCGCCUACCUCGGCCGGAAGCGUGGCGUGUCCGAUGUCAACAGGGGGGACAAGAAACGGAAGCGGCAGAACAAGCAGCAGCAGCAGCAGCAGCAGCAGCAGCAGCAGCAGCAGGAGGAGGAGGAGGAGGAGGAGGAGGAGCAGAUGGAGGGUAUUGAAUUAGACGAAGUGGACGACGAGGCGGACUUUUUCCUGGAGAGCUUGGACGUGUUCGGGCAGAAACAUCCUGCGAACGGAUGCGGAUUGCGUGGAUGGUAAAGUGGGCUUGAUGCGAGACUUCAGAGUCGGAGUAUGCUUCGGUCUUGUUGUGUAUAUAUGACUUCGGCUUCGACCAUCAGGUGCCGGUUCAUUCAUGACGAUGGUUUGAUUGUCGACGCGGGGAUCUGGAUGCGAAAGGGAAUGUCUCAGUAAUUACUGGAACAUGUGAUGGGGGGUCCGACUUAAUGGCUGCUUGACACGUGGAUAGCGUCCCCGAAACGGGUGGUUCAUUACCUAAAAUAAAUCAAUGCAUUCCGUCUUCGUUCGUAGGUUUGAGGUCGGUUCAGAAAUCAACUGUUUGCCUCGAUAGCUGUCCUAUACAAA